AUGGGCCCCCCCAAGACGAGGGGCCUUAGGGCGCGGCAAAGUCGCAGCCGCUUUCACGAGGGUUCUAUGAAUGACCGCGUAUCUGCCGUACCACCAAGCCAGUUUCUCGGGCCCGAAGAGCUAGAGUCGCUGGAACGACCGCUAGAGGUAGAGCUAGAGCAGCAUCAGUACAACCUGCGAAGCUCGCGCCGAUCUCAAGACACCACCCGCCAGCUUCAGCUGUUCAUGUCUCGGCAAGCCCCAAGCAUCGCGCCCAGCUUCGCACCGAGUGUUGCGCCCAGCGUCGCUCCCAGCAUCGCACCAAGCACCGCCACCUCACCGAAAAAGGGCGUGCUGGGUCAAGUAUGGGAGGGUGUUCGGGGUCGAUUUAAGCUCAAGAAGGACCCCCCGUCCUCGCCCGAGCAGAAGAAGCAGCCAGAAUCCCCGAAGAAGUCACCCCCAGGUGUUUUCGACGACAGGCCCACUAGGGAAGAGGCCUUGGCGAGUUACCACUUGCUGGUUGAAGCAGGCUUCUUCACCACUCAUGCCAUUCAAUCCACGCGACAGCCGCCUCCUCCUGGUUUUUUACGGCAACGGCCUGCUACCAGCCACCAGGCGCUCUCAUCAGUGACAACGCCUCCGCCCAAGCUGACGCCUCUCGAGGCACCCCCUUCUUUGCCUCCACCGCCAAAGUGGCCGCUCAACUCUACGCCCAUAACGCCGAAGAGCAAUAGGACGUCAUUAUCUGCGGUGACUCCAGCUAGUGCCGAUUCUAGAGGUACCAAGCGGACGGCAAACGAAGGCAACACUGAUAUCCAGAUCCAUCAGGACGAGCCUCCGAGAUCGCCGAGAUCAGCACGUACCAGGGGCAAGAAGAUUCGUAAGACGGCUUCCAAGGAUUUUGGCAUUCCCAUUCUCCGCACCGCCAGAUCUCGGCGGAAGCUCAAGGGCACUCGGGCAUCCGGUCGGAAGAGCCCAGCCAAUGGUAGCCAUACACCCGUGGUAAUCCACCACUAUCACAGCACGUCGAGCCGGGACUCUAGACACAGCAAGCGGUCUUCUCACCUGCUAUGCGCAACUUCGCCCUCCUCAUCUGCGGCAUCAUCUCCCCGCAACUCCUUCGACUCCGCGUCGUCGGCCAGAGAGAGUGGCGAAAGCGUCUAUAGCGUGCGGGCUAUCGGCUCGGGCUCCAAGAGCUCCCGGGGCCUUAGACCGAGAAAAGUCGCUCCCGCUGCUACAUCUGCGCCUGCUCAGGAUGCCCUCAAGGUGGUUCCUAAUGCGAAUCGAGGGAUUCCCAUUGUCCCAUCUAUUCCCGCCAAAUAUACCUUUGGAGAAGAUCGAGAAAAUGGACAGCCCUGGCGGGGGCUGAGACGGUGA